AGCGCUGAGGCCUGCUUUGUCUACGGUGCACCACCAAUUUAACGUUUGUCGGCAAAGCAUAAAAUUACUUAGUCUCCUUUGUCGGUGCUGUGAACCUUGCUUGAGCGACAGAGUCCCUGUAAGAUGCAAAGAUAUCCUCAGAUCCCGUUUGCUUCAUCCACGGAAACCGUCAGAAAAAUCAAUUUCUUUUGGUGAACAUGGAGACGCCGGACGCUGAUCAGAAUGCCGUGAAGAGGUUACUGGAGCUCCCCCUGGUGAGCUCCACCUGUUACUUGGUGUCUCUCGUGUACUGCAACCUGAAGGAAAGUCACCCUCGCGUCAAGCCGUUCUGUGAGGUGGCGGAGACUGGAAUGAAGACCAUCGCCUCUGUGGCCGUUACUAGCGCUGCACCCAUCGUUUUCAAGUUUCAACCUCAAAUUGCUGGUGCAAAUCAGCUGAUGUGCAAAUACCUGGAUAAGACUGAGGAGGCUUUUCCGAUCCUGCAGCAGCACUUGGCCCAGGUGGUGUCCAGGCCUGACAGCGUCCUGACCACAGCCAAAAAUGCGAGGGCGGUGAUGGUCCACAUUGCUAAGGACGCGGUGAUGGUAGUUAAGGAUAAGGCUGGUGUGGUGUUGCGGGAGGCUAUGGUAAUGACGCAGUCUGCGCUGGAUGGUGGCUUCGGCACUGUGCUGGGAAGCCGUGCAGCCCAGCUCCUGAACGGCGUGAUGAAGACAUCCCCGACGGUCCAUGAGACGGCGGCAGCCCAGCGUCCCACUACGGCAGAGGAUUCUGGGAGAGUCUCUGACUCUGCCAGCAAAAAGCCUGGCCAUUAUGUCUGUCUGCCCUCAAUCUCCACCAAGGUGUGCCACAGGGCUGAUUGCUCCACCGAUGGGGAGCAGGAUGUUAAGAUGGAAUUGCGUGCCGUGGUCACCUCCAGUGGGCUCACCAACCAGCUGCAAACCCUGUGCCUGACCUUCGUCUCCAGUCUACACGGCUUCCAGCAGAAUGUUCAGAUACAGGUUCUGGCUGUGGCCGUGUCUGCCUCUGAGGUCUGCAACAGCUUAUGGAAGGCCUAUAUCCGUGGAGAGUUCUCUGACCAGACUGCACAACCCCAAAGGGCCAUUGGACAAGGUGCUUCAGUACUAGGCUUUCAUCUGUAUGAUGGACAAACCAGAAGGUUGAAAUGAUCUUAGGGCUGGAAAUAUACCCUUUGCACUGUGAAAUGCACCAUUAAUGUAGACUUUUCACAUGGUGGGUGCAGUACUGUGGGUUCCCACCUCUAGGAUAGUUUAUUUCUUUGAUGGUUGAAAUGAGAGAAGAAUUUUGGGAAGGUUGUCUGUAAUGCAUUUAGAAUAAUUAUUGGAAUUUGUACUCAAAUAAAAUUAAAAGCAAUUUGACAUUU